AUAACAAAAUAAAAAAUAGAAAAAUAAAAUAAAAUCUGCACGACAGUUACAAAUUCGCUCUUUUGUAUCACCUUCCCGUCGUCUCUCCUCUUCACUCCGUCCGUCGCCGCCGUGCCAGGGUUUUCGCCUCCAUUAGAUUCUAUUGUCAAAAUCCACAGUGUGCUCAUCUGAAGUCAUGGCACAAGAAGCAGGAAUGUUUACGGUGCCCCAGACUAUAGGCAGUGUCCUAUGCUGCAAAUGCGGUAUUUUGAUGCAACCAAAUGCUGCAAAUAUGUGUGCCAAGUGCUUGCGUUCUGAAGUUGAUAUUACAGAAGGCCUACAGAAGCAUGUGGUACUUAUCCAUUGUCCUGAAUGUGAGAGCUAUUUGCAGCCGCCUAGGACCUGGAUGAAAAUGCAGCUGGAGUCUAAGGAACUGCUGACCUUUUGCAUAAAGAGGUUGAAGAACUUGAAUAAAGUCCAUUUAGUACAUGCAGAAUUCAUUUGGACUGAACCUCACUCCAAGAGAAUUAAAGUUAGACUGAGGGUCCAGAAAGAGGUUCUGAAUGGGGCAGUACUUGAACAAGCUUACACCAUUGAAUAUGUUGUGCAAGACCAGAUGUGCGAGUCUUGUACAAGGGUUCAGGCUAAUCCUGAUCAAUGGGUGGCUGCAGUUCAACUGCGGCAGCAUGUUUCUCACAGGCGCACUUUCUUCUAUUUAGAGCAGCUUAUUAUUAAGCAUGAUGAAGCUCGCAAUGCAAUAAGAAUUAAGCAGAUGGACCAGGGAAUUGAUUUCUUUUUCGUUAAUCGGAGUCAUGCUGGGAAGUUUGUUGACUUUGUGGGUGAGGUAGCUCCAAUUAGGAAACGAAAUGACAAGCAACUUGUAUCCCAUGAUCCGAAGAGCAACAAUUACAAUUACAAGUACACUUUCUCGGUUGAGAUAUGUCCAAUAUGUCGUGAGGAUUUGAUAUGUCUCCCUCCUAAAGUCGCUGCAAGUCAGGGGAAUCUUGGACCCCUUGUGAUCUGCACCAAAGUGACUAACAGCAUUGCUUUAUUAGACCCAUUUACUCUUAGGCACUGCUUCUUGAAUGCCGAGCAGUAUUGGAGGGCUCCUUUUAAGGCUCUACUUUCAAGUAGGCAGCUUGUGGAAUAUAUCGUGUUGGACAUUGAGACUGUUUCUUCUGAAGUCAUUGUUGGUGGCUCAAAUUUCUCUAAUUCUUGCAACAAUCAGCUUGAUGCUGGGAUCCAAAUUCUUUUUGCUUUGGAUUAUCUUAUUGAUACGGAGAUGAACUGA